AUGGACCAUCUGCAUCGUUUGUUGUUGUCAGUGAGCAGCAUCGCAUUAGCAGCAGCAGCUACAAGUGGAUAACAUUCAGCGAGCACAUUUGUCUUAUUAUUUACAUACUAAUGUGUCUUAAACGUGAACAGAGACCCGAGGCUGUUUUAUUAACGCUGAGUUAACCGCCAGCUCAAUCUCACAACACUGCUCUGGAUAGACUGGAGUACUUUUCAAGGCCUCAAGCCAUGCCUCGGUCCACGGUUGGGCUGUGAUACCGCCAAAACGUCGCUUCCACCGGGUGACGUGUAGGCGAAGUUGAGCCUCUUAUGUGAAAGGGACAUGCAGAGACAUGCAGCCACCAUCUCGACAGGACUACGUAUCUUUAAGCCUUCCUGGACUAGAAAGUGGAGGUUACAAUAACAGCAAGCAGUGGAGGAGGCAGUCCUGCUGGAGGAAAUGGAAGCAGCUGUCCAGGCUGCAGCGGAGCCUCAUCCUCUGCAUCGUUGUGCUUCUGUUUAUUUUUGGAUUAGCCACCUAUCCUACUGUUACUGAACACCUCCGAGGCCUUGGAGAUGGAGAGCAGGACACAGACAGUAAGGACAUCCCGGGGCCCACUUUCCCUCCUCUGCUGCCGGAGCCUGACAAAAUGGCUCAGUCAGCGCUGCCAGAACAAACCUCUCAGAGGAAAUUAUCCACUGAGAGCAGACCUGUUCUUCACAAUCACCUUCAGAGGAGAGGAAACGCUUCAGAAGUGGUUGCUGAGAACAAGGCAGCUGUUGUCAAGGAAGACCUGGAGGAGGGAGUGACCGGCAGCUGGCACGGGCCACUGGUCGACACGAACCAGGCCACAGGCGGAGCUAAGAGUAAAGAAAAGGACGAUUCACCUGACGACCAAGAAGCCAAAUUACCUCAAGACUCUGAAGCCAGCAGGCUGGAGGAAGUGCGCCAAGCUUUCAGACAUGCGUGGAACGGUUAUAAACAAUUUUCUUGGGGCCACGAUGAGCUUCGGCCCAUCUCCAAGACCUACAGCGAGUGGUUUGGCCUGGGUUUGACACUUAUUGAUGCCUUGGAUACCAUGUGGCUCCUGGGGCUGAAAGAAGAGUUUGAAGAAGCGAGGGCAUGGGUGGCCACAGAGCUGACGUUCGACAAGAACGUAGACGUCAAUCUGUUUGAGAGCACCAUCCGUAUCCUGGGAGGUCUGCUCAGCACCUACCACCUGACCGGAGACGCCCUGUUCCUGGACAAAGCUAAAGACAUUGGCUCCAGGCUGAUGCCAGCCUUCAACACCCCGUCUAAGAUCCCCUACUCUGACGUGAACAUUGGGAAAGGCAUCGCUCACCCGCCUCGCUGGACCUCUGACAGCACUUUAUCUGAAGUUACAAGCAUCCAGCUGGAGUUCAGAGAGCUCGGCCGCCUCACCCAGGACCCACAGUAUGAGGCUGCAGUGGAUGAAGUCAUGAAACAGAUCCACAAACUGGAUGGCAAACAGGACGGCCUCGUUCCCAUGUUCAUCAAUACAAACAACGGACAGUUCACCCAUCAAGGCGUCUACACACUGGGAGCCCGAGCCGACAGCUACUAUGAAUACCUGCUGAAGCAGUGGAUCCAGGGCGGGAAGAAGGAUCAUCAGCUCUUGGAGGACUACUUGCAGGCAAUAGAAGGAGUAAAGAAGAACCUAUUGCAGAAGUCUUCUCCUCAUGGCCUUACCUUUGUUGGAGAGCUCUCACAUGGUCAGUUCAGCCCUAAAAUGGAUCAUCUGGUGUGUUUCCUGCCGGGCACUCUGGCCCUCGGUGCUCACAAUGGUCUGCCCGCUGACCACAUGGACCUGGCCAAAGAGCUGAUGGAGACCUGCUAUCAGAUGUAUGUCCAGAUGGAGACAGGCCUCAGUCCAGAGAUUGUCCACUUCAACAUGCACGAGGGCAGCACCCGAGACAUUGAAGUGAAGCUCGCUGACAGACACAACCUGCUGCGACCAGAGACGGUGGAGAGUCUCUUCUACCUUUACAGGUUCACUGAAGACCACAAGUACCAGGAGUGGGGCUGGGAGAUUCUCCAAAACUUCAACAAGUACACCAAGGUCCCGUCUGGUGGAUACACGUCCAUUAAUAACGUGCGAGACCCAGAAUACCCGAGUCCCCGAGACAAGAUGGAGAGCUUCUUCCUGGGAGAGACGCUGAAGUACCUGUACCUGCUCUUCUCACACGACCCAGACCUCGUCAGCCUUGACCAGUAUGUCUUCAACACUGAAGCUCAUCCUCUGCCUAUAUGGCCCACUGCUGCGUGACACACACACACACACACACACACACUAGGGUGAAUUCAAAUGGCAAAAUAAUCUCAGGGUUGCUCUAACACCAAGAUAAUUGGUCUGUUGUAUCUCAGUGAGCGAGCUCUGCCAGAACGACCUUGAGUGUGACGGGAGACUGAUUUAUUCAUUAGGGUUGUGUGUGUGGAAGUUUGUGUUUUCUCUAACAUCAGCAAACAUCAGCACUGAACGACUGCCUUUGACACAUGUUGAUGGGCAGAGGUCCGAGUGUCGUCAUCACCUGACGCAGAUUUCCUGUGUAAAUAUGAUAUUUUGUCCUAUCUAUAAGAAAAUAGGCAUUUUUAUUCCAGAGAAAAUCCUACAUCACUGUCAGGUCUUAACUCGUGAGCCCUGUUAGAAACAGAAUGUAAUCCACUCUCUGUGUGUGUGUGUGUGUGUGUGUGUGUGUGAACUGAAACCAACUGCUGCCUGCUGCACCUGAGCUCUCUGCUGUGACGCGUUCACACACCAGUGCGACGUUGCAGGGACUCGAGGUUAAAAGCUAAUUCCUCGUGAUUCAGUCAGAUGCUGAGACUCGUGGGAACGGAGCAUCUAUUUACACCAUGUGUUAAAAAGAUAAAAAAAAAAUUACUAUCAGAUGGAGUUUGGCCAAAUGAAAGUACUCGGGAUGCACAGUUUUAGACCUUUUUUGCAGAUAUAUUUGUUAUGUGGAUAUAAUGCAGGUGCUUGGGCCGAUACAAACUGCAGAGGUCGUCGAGUCUCGUCUGUAGUGAAAUGAACAUGUUUUUCAGAUAAUAAAACAAAUAAACAUAACAACAUCGCAGUUGGUGAAGGGACAAGCACAAGAGUCACUUUGAAGCCGAUAAAGGCUGAUGAUGACGAUGAUAUCGUGCCGCAGUGAUCUAAUUGUCCGCUCCAUUAUUCCGUCUUCACACUCUGUCAAUCUCAGACUGAUUCAUACGAGGGCAUUUUAAUGUCUGUGCUGCAUUCAUGUCAUACAGGACACAGUGAUUAUAAAUAAAUAAUAUUAUAUUAAAUAUACCAGUGAAGACAUAAAGCUUAAGUAACACUUUUUUCCAAAAAUCUAAUUUAAACAUAUAUAAUGUAACACACACACACAACUGUAACCUUAUUUAUUAUUACUCCACUAUUAUUACAAAUUAGUGAUGGUGAAUUUGACCUCUGCAUUUAAACCCAUUCUUAUUAAACAGUAAACAAAAUACAAGCCAGGAGCGGGAGCAGUGAUGCGUUACUCAGGGGCAUUGUCCCAGGAUUUGGACCAGCAACCUUCUAGUUACAAGCCCACUUCCUUUCCUCUUGGACAUGGGCUGCCCAAAUUGGUCAUGUGAAUGUAGACCACUUGUUUAAAGCUUGUGUGAUGCCUCCGUUGCCACUUCCCCCCGGUGUAGGCAACAGUUUAACUAACAGAUGUUAGAUUGUCUCGUUACUUUGUGAUCGAUGGUUUAGAAGCAGAAAUACUCCGAUGCUUUGGAGGCCAAAAGGUCAAGGUCUUUUAGAGUGGAUCCAAGGCCAAGGUGUGCUCAGAGCGCCCUCUGCUGGACCAUGCGGUAAUAACCUCAGAUUGUCUUACGUACUUCUAGGCUGUAUAUUUUUUAAACAUGUUUUUAAGGUUUAAAUUGAAACUAACAAGCACCUCAGAACUUUUACGUUUACUGUGUUGUUCUGGAUAAUGUGACUGUAGUGAUACACUUACCUUUGGUUUAUUUUGGUCUGUAUGACAUGUGAAUGUCUGUAUGACAUGUGAAUGCAGCAGCAGCCUCUCCUCGGGACGCAGAUCAACUCAUAUCAUGAGGGAAUCGGUGGUGACUGAGUUGUAUUUAUGUUGUGUUGAGCAGCUGCUCCUCUCACAGAAUGUUCCAUUUCACCCCUCAAGAGCUUUGAUGUAUUAGUUUUUCAGUGGGAGGAGUGAAGUGUUUGUUUUGAAAUAGAAACGUAGUGUAAAAUAUUGAUUUGUAGUGUAUGUUUUAAAGUUGGUAUUUGUUAAUACAGCGAGCUCACAUCGUGUUUUUGUUCAGUUUUUGUCGUCUCGGGUAGGCAACAUGUUUUUUUGACGUUAGUGUUAAACCGUUGUGUGAUGUUUCAUUUCAUGUAAAGGGAGCGGGAGAAAUUGACUUAUUACAAGUCAGUUUAGAGAAGCAGCAUGUCGUGACCUUUCAGGGUAGAGUUGGGUUCUUAUCAUUAUUUAUAUUUGAAUAAAUAAUGGUACAGGUGUCAAAGGUCGACUGAUUUAAGCAGCUCUAAUAGGACAUUUUACAACAUAUUUUCGGACACAGAUUGUUUACAUGAGAGAGAGUGAGUGAUGUCCUCAGUAAGGCUGCACCAUAUUGGAAAAAAGUGACCUUUUUUUGCGUCACGAAACGUAAACAAACGGACAUUAUUUCCCUUUCUUUCCUCUGGCUCGGUUCAUUCUGUCUCUGUUAUUAUAUCUGUAACGUUUACAACGUCUUCUUGUCUGUUUGGUGGAGUGUUACAGCGUAACGUCCAGUCCUGUCAUACAGUAUGUUCUACAGCUGACGUGUUUCAGAUACUCCCUGAAACUUUUUGAAAACGACAAAGAAAGAGAGAGUUAAUGUUUGGUGGUGUGUGAGUGACAGCAUGUGCAUAGAGCAGAGGGGCUGACUGUGAGCUAAAAACUAAUAAUACAUGCACCACUAAUCAUCAUUAAGUCAGGAAAUCCACUUUCUUUCUAGUGUUAUAUCUUUUAAAUGUUGCCAUGAGUAUUGUUAUUGCAUUUUUUCAUUUUUAUUUUAUUUAAUUUUUUUAUCCGCUGUCUGGUUUUUAAUGCAUUCUGCCUUCAUAAAUCCACUGUGGUCCAACCAUACCUCUUUCCACACUUGUUUUCUUUGGCGUGUCGUUUGUCAGAACAUGGUGUUUUGCGCACACAUGCGUCGCUGAAACAUGCCUACAGUUAUAAAUGCAAAGGUUCAAUGUGUGCGACUGAUUUACUGUGAAACAAAUAUGACAAAAGUGCUAUUAACGCUCAAAGUGUUUGUACAGUGGCAGCCAUCUUAGAAUUCCAUGUCGGGGUUAGUGAGGUUGCUCCAAGUUUGUGAAAGACCUGGAAGUGGAACACACCAGAUGUUUAAUUGGGACACAAUUGCUAAAACCAAGAAGACGUUUCGUUCCUCUCAUCCUAAAGGCUUCUUCACUUGUGAUUUUGGAGUGGGAGUCCCCAGGUUUCUAAACCCGUGGUGGCAGCUCACACGAACCAAGGUGUGGUUCAUCAGGGUCUAUCGGCACUUUUCCACUCUACAGUUCUAGCACGACUGGUUUUUUUUUCCUGGUACCUGGGGCUUUUUUUCAGCUCCUGCUCUGACGAGGUUCCAGGGGAACCGAGCCGAUACUGAAAUGUGACGUCAGCAGACUGCCGGCCACUAAUUGGUCAGAGAGUGUGGUCACCGGGAGAGUCAUGAGCGCGACGUCCGACACGAGAAUGAAACUCAAGAUUACGUGUUAAUCUCCAACAUUUAGCAAAGGACAUUUCAAAAAUCUCACUAUUAACAGAGGAGUCUGAACAAUUCUGUGAGCAAAUCUUCUUAAUGAUGUAUCAUGAAGUAACGUCUGGUACCAAACCGAGCUGAGUGGUGCUAGAACUGUACAGUGGAAAAGUGCCAAUAGACCCUGAUGGUUCACAGAACUAUAUAAUGGACAAACGCCAUGAGAGGUGUUAACGUCACAUGGGUCAAGCUGAGCCCUCAGUGCGGCGUUGUAGGCUGACGACGACCUCUGAAUGGACACAGACGUCCUCCUUUACGUCUCUUUGGAUAACUGAGAGCGUCUGCACCGAUGCAUUGAUUCUUCCCUCUGUGAGCUCAGCUGCCCCAGCUUUAAGUCAUUCCUGUAAAUGCCACUCGUUGACAUCGUGGACUUUCUGACUGAACUGAGACCAAACUGGUUUUGUAAAGUCUGUGUUGUUGUUUUUGUGUUUGUUUUUCCUCACGUGUGCCUUUUAAUGAACGUUCAACAGACCAACUGUAAACUGUUUAUUACACUGUAUCUCUCUCUCUCUCUCUAUAUAUAUAGUGAUUGAAACUGAGUACUUUUAACAGCAGAACAAUGAAAUGUGGACUGAUAUUUUUUCCAGUGGUCCCUCAAAGCAGUCACUAGGUUUACACCAUGCUAAUCUCGACCUCUGUGUGUGUGUGUGUGUGUGUGUGUGUGUAUGUGUGUGUGUGAUCCGCAUCUAUUUCAGCAUAACUCCUGAGCCAAAGAUAUGCUGAACAUUUAAUAAUAGCCCCGGUCUUUGUUUUGUAAGAAAAAGCUGUUUCUCCAAAGCCACAUCUUUCAGGAAAAACUAACAAAGGAGAUAUUUUCACUGCUUUUGAUAACAAUGUCACUAAACUGUGGUAUUUUUA